CUUCUCUAGUGGCAAGACGAAGAUGGCGGACGCUGAGAUUUCCUCGGCCAAGAAGCAGAAGAAGAAGAAGGAGAAGAAAAUCCCCGAUGAUGAAGUCGGGGCCAUUCAGGAGAGUGGGGAUUUCCUCAUUAAGCCGGAGUCCAAAGUGGCCAGUCUCGACACAUCGCAAUGGCCCCUCUUAUUGAAGAAUUUUGAUAAGCUGAACAUAAGAACUGCUCACUAUACACCGCUGCCAAGUGGCUCGAAUCCGUUGAAGAGGAACAUUCAUGACUAUGUCAGGACGGGUUUCAUCAACCUGGACAAACCGGCCAAUCCAUCGUCCCACGAGGUGGUGGCCUGGAUCCGGCGUAUCCUGCGCGUCGAGAAGACGGGACAUAGCGGGACCCUCGACCCCAAGGUGACGGGCUGUCUCAUUGUGUGUGUGGAGAGGGCCACCCGCCUCGUGAAGUCCCAGCAGAGUGCCGGCAAAGAGUAUGUGGGAAUUGUUCGGCUACACAAUGCAAUAGAGAAUGAACAUCAGCUGGCCAGGACCCUGGAAACCCUGACGGGAGCCUUGUUCCAGAGACCACCUCUCAUUGCAGCUGUCAAGAGGCAGCUGAGAGUGCGGACCAUCUAUGAGAGUAAACUGAUAGAGUACGAUUCUGAAAGGAGGCUUGGAAUCUUCUGGGUGAGCUGUGAGGCCGGCACCUACAUCCGCACAUUAUGCGUUCACCUGGGCCUGCUGCUCGGCGUUGGGGGGCAGAUGCAGGAGCUGAGGCGUGUGCGUUCUGGGGUGCUCGGCGAGAAGGACAACAUGGUCACCAUGCAUGAUGUGCUGGAUGCCCAGUGGCAGUUUGACCACAACAAGGAUGAGUCCUACCUCAGGAGGGUAAUCUUCCCUCUGGAGAAACUGCUCAUCUCCCACAAGCGGCUGGUGAUGAAGGACAGCGCUGUGAACGCCAUCUGUUAUGGGGCCAAGAUCAUGCUCCCCGGUGUGCUUCGGUAUGAAGACGGUAUUGAGGUGAACCAGGAAAUCGUGGUCAUCACUACAAAGGGAGAGGCCAUCUGCCUAGCCGUUGCCAUGAUGACAACUGCUGUGAUCUCCACGUGUGACCACGGUGUGGUGGCCAAGAUCAAGAGGGUCAUCAUGGAGAGGGAUACGUACCCACGCAAGUGGGGCUUGGGGCCCAAGGCCAGUCAGAAGAAGAUGAUGAUUCAGAAGGGCCUGCUGGACAAACGUGGGAAGCCCAAUGGCAACACACCCGCUGAGUGGACGGAGGGCUAUGUGGACUACAGUGCACCAAAAAAAGCUGCCAUUCAAGCAAGCGACUCUGCUGAACCAACGGGAAGCAAGAGGAAGAGGGAGGCAAGUGAUGGCGACAGUGACACAGCAGCCGCCUCGGCACCGUCCACCCCUAAAGCUGGGGAAGAGAACAAGAAGAAGAAGAAAAAAGAGAAGAAGAAAAAGUUUGAGGAAGAGGAGGCAGCAGUGGCAGAUGAAUCGUUGGCAGAGCCAGAGGUGGAUGAGAGUGGCAAGAAGAAGAAGAAGAAAAAGAAGCAGAAGGAGGUGGAGUCAGAGUGACUGCUGUCCAUCCAUGUGUGACUGAGAAACUGUAACCUGUAAUCUCCCCCAGUCGUGACUGGGGUUCGAGCCUUGUAGUGCUCGACUGUACAUAGGCAGAGGGCUUGGGCUCUUCACUGCUGACCACCCCAGUCCUGAUUGUUCUCUCAGCCCUUUGCCAAACAUGGCAGCUGACCUGUGAGUCUUGCGUGAGUGCGCUUUGAUACAGGGCUGCGUAAACUUUUAAAAAGUUGGUUUUUUUUUUUUUUUUUUUAAGUUUCUUGCAAAAAAUCAGCCAUCCAUUAGGUGUCUAAGGUGGUGUGGAUAUGUUCGUUAUUUUUCUACUGUAAAUAAAGUAUGGCCAGCUGUUGGAGAUCAGAUGGAGGAAGUGUUGUGGGAUAAAUGUGACUUUUGUACUUGUCUUUUUAUUUAAGAGGUUAAACACCAACUGGGUCAUGGCUGUCUCUGAGGGUAUUCCAGAAUCCUUUAACUGUAUAAAGAUAAUUUAACAAACAGUAGUUGCAUUAAAAAUGGUGCAUUUGCAUAUUGAAGGUGGUAAACCUAUGGACCAGUUAACUGAUAGGGAAAAUUAGAUGCUGUUUUGUAUGUAUAAAGUUUAACUGAUAUAGGAUAUUUUUGAAUACCUACUGAUAAUCUAAGUAGUGUUGAAUGGCUGUAAAAUAGAGUGGCAGAGUUGUUGCUGGAAUGUAAUAUGAUAUUGAUCAGAGCACUGAUCAUGCUUAAGCAUUCCUGCAAGUAUGUGUUAAAAUGAAUGUGGACAGACAACAGCUUUUGAGGACUGGUGCGUUUUAUGAAACAAGAUCAUGGAAAGGAGCCAGAUAAUCACCUGGGACCAAACUUUCCUGCAGACUAUGUUAAACUAAGUGCAAAAGCCAUCCAAUGGAGGGAUCUGCAUUUGGGGAGACCAGCCCAUGGUGCACCUAACAGAUGCAGCCUGAAUAUGAAAUGACAGUCAGACUAAGGGCACCCAUCCUGGUACUUAUUACCAUGUUCUA